UACAACAGUAGCGGUUUACGGCAUCUGCCCUCACUGCGCUUGUAGCAGACGGUAGCAGAGGAAGGUGGACGUAAUGAAGGCUUACUUUGGGGACUGUGUCUUUUGCAAGUGACCCGUGUUGCGUUGAGGAUGGAUCCAGUGGUGUUGAGCUUCCAGGACAGUCUUCUUCGGCGCUCGGAUGUGGCGCUGUUAAACGGACCGCACUGGCUCAACGACCAGGUCAUCGGUUUCGCCUUCGAGUACUUCGCAGCAGAGCGCUUUAAAAGUCUGAGCGAGAAGGUGUGUUUCAUCAGCCCGGAAGUGGCCCAGUUCAUCAAGUACGCUUCGAGUCAAGAGGAGCUCGCCGUGUUUCUGGAGCCGCUGAGUCUCGCGACGCGACAGUGGGUGUUUCUGCCGGUCAACGACAACGCCAAUCAAGCGGCCGGCGGCUCCCACUGGAGUUUGCUUCUCUAUCAACGAGACGCCAGUCAGUUCACACACUUCGACUCUCAAAAAGGAGGGAACUCGUUGCACGCGCGACGUAUCGCAGCAAAACUGGAAGCUUUCCUAGGAGAGAAAGUGCCUUUUGUCGAAGAGCAAAGCCCCUCGCAGCAGAACAGCUUUGACUGCGGCAUGUACGUGAUCUGUAACGCCGAGGCUCUGUGUGAGAGCUUGAGAGUCGAAGGCUGUCCGCUCCUGUCCGCUCAGAUCAUAACACCCACGUACAUCACACGCAAACGGACAGAAUGGUUUUCGCUAAUACAGAGACUCGCCACGCGCUAAGGUGCCGUCAUGAACUCUAUUAGCAUGUGAACUCGAUUAAUCGCCAAAAUAAAAGACACCUUCAUAACCAUGA